CGUGUCCACACGCUCCGGGCCGGCUGGGGUCGGGGCAGUAUGUCGGUGCCGGGCCUCUACUCCAGUUCUGUUUGCUAUGAGGAGCCUCUCCCUUGCAUAUCGCUGGCAGAACUUCCACCCCCUCCCCCGUCGGCGACCUCGGUGUCCACGUCGCCCCUGGAGUCCAAGACGAGCACCCCGCGCCCGCUGCUGCGCGGUGCCAGUCCCGAGGACUCGUUGCCCCCGGCCUCGUUUUACGGGCCGCUGGACGCCAAAAACCCUCUCCUGGCCUCCUUCGAGAGGGAGAUUCAGGAGUUCUUAGGUUUUAUGAAGAAAAAGAAGGCUUUAGCGGCGACGGAGGAACUGAAGCACGAAUUCCAGCGGCGCGGUGCCACCUCUUUGUUUAAUAUCUGGACCAAAUACGCCCCCAGGCUGCCAGCUGACUACUACAACGAAAAGCUCCUGAAGGUCGGAGAUAGCCUUUUUCUAAUGAAAGAGUACAAACUGGCCCUUCUACAGUGCUACGGGAGAUAUCUUCAGCAGUUCAGCAUGGAUUUUGACGAGAACAAGGCUGAUGUGAAUGAAUUCAAAGCUUCCUUUUUUCCAAAAGGCUUUGGAGAUGCAACUGCUGGACUUACGUUUCAUGCUUUAAAUGGCAAAAACAUUUGUAGCUACCAGCUGGUGUGUGACAGCGAUGUGAAACUGCAGAACAAGGAGUCGGUGAGCCAAUGUCUGCAGAUCCUGUCCUCCCUGAGGCUCGUCAUGCAGGUGGCGCUGCCGCAGGAGCACCUCUGCUGGAUCGUCUUCAACGGGACCAUUUACAUUUACACCAUUUGCAGAAAACUGAUGGUCAUUGGCCAGUCUUCCAAGGCCUUGGAAUACCUGCUGUGGGCCAGUGUGUGCAUGGAGUCGUCGGUCCCACUGCUGUCCAUCCGCUACCUGACGUGGAGAACGACCCUCUACACUGCUGUGUGCCAGUGCUACUACGACUGCCAGGCUGGCAUUCACGGAGAGGCAUUUGCUCGGCGUGCUUUGGGCAAAAUUGAUGAGUUGAGGCAACUGGAAGUAAUGAGUUCCUCAAAAUCAAAGGAGGAAUCCAAGCGCUAUUACAGAGAGGCUGCAAUAAAGAUGGCCGUGAUGAUUUUCAAAAGAGGGAUAUUUGAAUCAAGAAGAAAAAACAAAAUCCUCUUUAGACCAAAGACCAGAAUUAACCUGAAGGAAGCACAAACUUUGCCAUGGCCACGUACUGUCACCGAACGGCUGCUGGAUGAGAUGUUUGAUAGCACUUCAAUCCGGUUUCUUGCUGUUUUGGAGGCUCUUUCUGACUCCAACAGGCGAAUACUGCAAGCUGGACCUGUUGUUACAGAUGAAGUGGAGCUUCGUGAUGUCGUCUCAGAACUGUUCAUGGCAGGAAAAGAACUCUUAAUAAUUUCAAAUAUGGGUGCAAAUGGAAUAUUUGAUUUCCCCAAAAUACCUCUGAUGGAACUUAUGAUAGAAAGAAAAAAUAUUAUUUCUCUGGAUGCUGCUGUGAAAUUUAUAAAACUAGCUUUUACUUAUGAGGAAUGGAGUUUAUUUGAAUCGGCAGCUUGGCAGCUUCUUUGUUUUCUUCAGGGGCAGGAUGAUCCCGAGUCAAAGAGAGCAGAGAAAGAUUUGACUCUCCUGAUGGCUAUAGAGCCACUGAUCAAUGCCAAGAGGAACAAAGGUUUGAUACUUCCCUUGGAAAACUAUAAAGAAGGACAGACAUCGCAGAUUUGUUUCAAACGUAUCUCCUUUCAGGAUAAUUUGGGGAAGCCUUCUGGAUAUUCAGAAGAUAUUUUCCAUUUGGCAUCGACUCUGCACUCCUGUGUCUGCUCAUCUCCCCAGGAUGUUAUGCCUGAUAAAGAAAUCAUCGUGGAUAUGAUAAUGUUCCUUUGGCAGAAAUGCAAAUUAGGAAUUCAGCGGUUCAGUAUGAGUGGAAGCGACUAUGCGAAAUUCACUGUGAAAAUCAGUACUAACAAAUGGAUUUAUCUUCUGUGGCAGCUAAAUGAAGUAAUUCAGUCCUGUGGGAUGGAAGACAUUGACAUUGUGGUGGUGGCAGAGGUCACAUUACGAUUAAGUGAAAUAUUGGAGUCUUUAGGAAACCCAGAAAGAAAAUUUAAAACAUCUCUAGAUACACUUUCAAGGAAAGCCACUGAAGAAUCCCUUGGGACUCCAAAAGGGAUCCCAGAAAUUCUUCCAAUAUUAAAGAAAAAGCCUGUGGAGCAGUUAUUUUUUGCUUAUGAACUUCUUGACAAAGCAAUUGAUGGAAUAAAUUUGAAUUGCAUGUUAACUACUUUGCCAAAUGGAUCAUCAGUAGUUGAUCACUGCUAUGCCAAGAGCACACAUGAUGCAACAGGAGACACUCACAAACCAAUCACAGCAAAUAGUUUCAUGAUGGAUUUGCAUCUUGAAUUAAUUCAAGCUCAGCACCGAAUAGCCGUUGUGCUUCUCAACCAAUGGCAAGUUUUGCAGACUCCAACUGUUAGCAAAUGUGUUCCUACAAAAAGUCAGGAGAAGCUCAAACAAUCUGGAAGCAUUGAUUGUUUUACAGAAUCAAGCAUAAUGAAUAAAAUAAAGAAAAAUAAAAUAUCCAAAGCAAUUUAUUUGAUGCAGAAAGCUCUUUUGAUAUUUGAGAAAGAUUCAACUUCUACAUCUUCUUGGGACUUUUUAAUGGAAGCCUAUUCUUUAAUUGAGAAGAUUGAAGCAGAACAAAAUGCCCUAUAUUCACAUCAGACCUGUUUGAAAAGUUCAAAAAGAAAGAAAAGCAAAGUUCCUCCCCCACCGAUCCUGCUUUCCCGAACUCACUGUUCUGUGACGCUCAAACCUGCUCCGUUUGUUUCUGAGGUGAAGGUCUCCUGGUACUGCAUUUUGGGUUGCAAAGCAGAAGGAAGCUAUGGAAAAGUGAGACUAAACAAUAACCAUCUCCCAAACUCAGGAGAAGCGAUACCAGCUGAUGGCAGAAGCAUUUUUGAAGUGAAAGGUUUGGAAACAAAUGAAAAAUACAUAUUUGCAGUUGCUGCUUAUUCUUCUAAUGGAAAGCUUGUUGGUGAUGCUGUUGGGGAGACAACAAAGCCAAUUUUGGUUUAUCCCCCUCUCUCUGCCGUUACUGCUCGAAUGUUCUUGACUCAGGUUGCCUACCAGGUUGGUAACUAUGACUUGGCCAAGAGAGUUUUCUCACCAGUUUGGAAUUCCUUUGUUGCUUCUCCACUUCAGGAUGAACAAUCCGUUGUUUGCUUAAGCAAUAUAAUGACUAUUACCCAGAGAAGGUUGUAUCCCGACGUUUUGGCAGAAACGUCUUCGAUUUUGUUAUACCUUUUUCUUCGAAAUAUUUUUGUGACAAGUGACAUUAAAAUUAAAGAAGAAAAUCUUUUCUGUGAUAAUAUCAAAGGCAAUGAAAUUUUCCCCUCUCAACAAAUUGCCAGACUGAUUGAAUGUGAGAGAAUAUUAGUGGCCUUGGAACUUAGCAGCUUCCUUAAUGAUUCCAGUUACACCUUUCAAGCUGUGACUCAAUGUUAUGGCCUCCUUGCACCUAUAAUAUAUCACAAUAUUGUGUUGGUACCUGUCGUACAGAUUUUGAUAAAGUGCAUAGUGUUUUUGCAAGGACUACCGAAUAUUGGCCACUCAAAGAAACAUAUCUUGAGUUUUGAAAGUGUACAGCACAUGAUAGCUUGUUGUAUCUUCUACAUAACAAAGAUUCUGCGUUCAUGGAGGGAAUAUGACUUGGCAGUAAUGAUUAUAAAUUAUGGAAAAAAGAUGUUGGAUGUCACAUCAGAGUGCAAAUCUCUAUUUGGUAAUGCUGAGCAGGAUGAAAUACCAGAGGAGACUUCCUCAAAGAAGUCUUUAAAGACUAAAAGGCCCCAGCAGAUAUUAUUGCCUGAAAAAAUAAAUGAACAGCUGGCCUUGUUGGAGACACACCUACUUAAACUGACAAAACAAUUUGUUGCACCAGAACUCUCAGGAGCAGAGGACCCUAUAUUUCUCUACCCUGUUGUUUUGAACUGGUCAGUUAAAGGCGCCGUGAAGGAAGUUAUGAAAUUUAAGCAGAGACCCAGAUUCUUGGAAUUCUUUACACAAGUUAUGCUGAAAUGCAUGAAUGAAGAAAGAUUCCACCUUGUGGUAGAGAUAACAGUUCCUGUCCAUGAAUUUUUGAGAAGGAGGAAUGAAACCCUUCUUAGAGUCAAAAGAGCAAAACAAAAGGAUAGUGCUGUUUCCAAAAAGAUGAAGAAACCUUUCAGGAAGUUCAGAGCUGCAGUUGUGGAGAUUGGAAGAAAUAUAGAUGCGAAAAACAAAAGAAGAGAGAAAAAAAAGGAUACUCUGAGGGAUUUUUUGGCCAAAAAUCCAACUAUUUUUGAGAUGCCGGAACAUGAAAGAAAUAAGAGACCCGAUAUUAGAAAAAUAGCAUAUCGAUGCCUGAUACUUUACUUGAAUCCAAUAAUACUAAAUUAUGUUCAAAGAAAGAGGUUUCAUCAAAUAUUUCUUGAGGAGAUGCCCUGGAGGGCUCAGAUGAACCUGUACCUGGCAAGCACACACUUCAACCUGCUCCUACAAAAGCUAGGGGAGCGUCCAAAGACGAAAUCUGGCACCUCACAUGCAAUGGUCAGUUUCCGAUCAUGUGAUCCUAAUAUAUUCUCGCUGUAUAAUUCAGGAACAGUGUUACCAACAGCAAGACUGACUUUAGAAAAUUACAAAGCAAUGCUUGAUUUCCUUCUUACAGCUAAAAAAAGAAAGGCCAACUUACCAUCAGAUGCUGAAGAAUUUUCUACAUUUGUUAAUUGCAAAAUGAGUGAAGAAAAUGUAUCUAAGACACAAACAACGAAUGACUCUGAUUCGCUGUCAGGUUUUAGUGCUAAAGAAAAGGAUCGAGCAACCAACAUGGGACCAUUGGACCACUUUGUGAAAAUCUUCUUAUACUGCAGGAGAGCGAUGGUCCUUGCUCAUCGUGGUGGCUACUGGACUUUGCUUCAGAACUGCUGUCGGGCCUUCUGGAACUUUACCCGGGAGCUCCAGAUACUACUUCAACAGGCCAUGGAUCUUUACAAAACAUUUCCCAUCAGCCAGGAUGGCUUCCUCUGUGCUUCUGUUUUACCAUUCUACUUGGGAGCCGAAUUGCUUAUUGACAUGUUAAUACAACUGCAAAAUAUCAAUUCUAUUAAGUCUGUUGAAGACAAAGGAGAGUUCAGUGUUCCCAGCUGUUAUGGCAAUAUUAAACAUGAUAAUGGUGGUGCCAGCCUUACUUUUGAGCAUCCUUUGGAUGACGUCAACGUAGUUGAUUUGAAAUGGAUCCAUGACUUUGUUUUAAAAUCUUUGGAAGUUUUAUAUCAAGUGGAGAAAUGGGAAACACUAGUAUCACUUGCCAUUCAGUUCAAUAUAAUUUCACAUGAGAGAUACACAGAACAAGUGACACCACUCCUGGUGUAUGCACAGCGCCAGCUGCUUCUGCGGAUACAGAAAUUCAAUGGCCCGGAUGUUACCCAACAGCCUUGUGCAAGGUAUGAAGCUGAGCAUGGAGAGAAGAUAACUUGCCGAAAUUUUAUCGGGAAGCAACUCAAGAUUAACGCUCCGGUCAGUACUGUAACAGAGACGAGAAACCGCCCCGAGACACUAAAGGCGCUGAUCUCUUCAGAGUACUGUCGGGCCAAGGAGCUUGUCUGCGUGCCGGUGGAUGUGACAGACACUUUGAGGUGUUUCCGAGAGACCCUGGAAAAAUCCAAAUAUCACAACAGAUCAAUCCGCCACAGCAGGAAGUUGCUCUCAUUGUUUCUUGCCCAGACACAAGGUGAGAAAAGCAUAAACAACUUAAAAUUCAGUUCCGGAAGGGUGGAGUUUUGCCUGGGCACGGAGGAGAUGCACAUGUCCACACCGCCGGACCUUUCCCAGGAGCACUUCAGAGUGUUCAGUUCAGUGGAAAAAAGCAAACUUCCCUAUUCGCAACUUGGACUGGUCAUUUCUUCUUACCACCAAACGAUCGAUGUUCUGCAUGCCAGCAAUCAAAGAAGUCUUAAAGUUCAGGCCUUGCACACACUUGGAAAUCUUCUCAUCUUCGCGGGAAAGAAAAGGGCUGCAUUUACGUGUUGGUGCCAAGCUCUUGAUGACAUAUUCAGAAAACCAGAUGCGCUACAUACAUGGAAAGAAUUUGGCACCUCCCUCAAUAACUCACUUCCAGGAUUCAAAGACUACAGUGAGGACUUUCUCUCAAAAGUUGGCAUUUGGGGCUGUUUGCAAGGAGCAGUGAUAUCAGCAAAAAUAGCGCAAUUUAUUAAGACAUCGAACGUUAAAAAGAGAACCAACUGUUGCAUUUUGUCUGCCUUACUCUUUCAGGGUUUGCUCAGGACCACACUUCCACACCCUAAAGCCGAACGUAGCUACGCACAGUAUGAGAUCACUCAGCUCCUCCCCGGGAUUGAGCUCUUCUCAGACAUAUACAGGGCUGACAUCUGCUCUGUAGUUGCAAGUCUGUUUUACGUCAUACGUGAACUACACUUUGCUAAACAAAAUCUAAUUGUUCUCCCUCUUCUUGCCUUGUACCAAUAUCUUGUUUCUGGAAUUUGCCAGGACCUAGUCAGAAACCUCGAGGCAAGAAUUCUGAAGGUAGAAGUCCUAAUAGAUUUAGGAUUCUUUUCUGAAGCCUUUUACGAGAUAUGCCAGAUAUUUUAUGGAAGAAACAUACCAUGUUCCAUACCCUCUGGCUGUAAAGCUACUGGGAAAGUCAAGAUAUUUCAAUCAUUUGACUCAGGGAAACCUCUUAACAGUAAAGAAAAUAUACAGGCAAUUGAAGAAUUAAUAAAUAAAGGCUUUCCUAUAAUUCUGGUUUCAGUUGCCCAGCAACAUCUCUUAAAUAAGUUUUAUUUUGUUAAAGCAUACUUUCUUGUAAGUGUGGCUGCAACAAUAAAUUGUAUCCCAGAAACUUCAGUGAAGACAAACUACCGUGGACUUAAUGCAGAGCGGAGCAAACAAAAUCUCACAAACUCCAAAGAGGCAAAUUCAAGGGAGGAUGGAUAUUCAUCUUGUCAGCUUACAAAAAUUAGAGAUGAGUUGACUCCUAGCACACUGAAGGCAAUCUUACUGAGUGAAGCUGAAGACAGGUUCAACUUACUGGUGUCAGAGGUAGAGCAGGCAGGCCGCAAGAACCUCCCUCAAUGCAGUGCUGGGGAGCUGGAGAUCGUGGUGGCGGCCAGGCUGCAGCUGGCCGCAAUUGCCUUGCAGAGACAUCGCGCAGCGUACAGUGCUGCAAUAGUAUUUUCCAUACUUAAGCUUCUCCAGGAGUCAAAACUUUCAAAGAAGGUAGGACAGGAUGAGACCGAAAAUCCCGUUUCUUCAGUAUCACCUGGCUCAGAAAAUAAAGGUGAUAAUGAGUUUUUGGAUCCUAUUUCCUUAAAUGCUCGAGAAUAUUUCAACAUUCAUCUGUGGUUGAAGUGCUGCUCAGCGCUGGUGACUGCAUUUGUCGCACAGGUUCGUGGCAUUGGAGUAGUGAAAGAGAACGAGAUGACAGAUUGUUUGAGCCUCAUCAAUGAAGUGUGUAUGGAGGCAAAAAGUGCAGGUGACACAGAGCUACAGGCUGAAUUCCUGAUGCAAGCUGUGAUCCUUGGCCUGCAAGAGAAGCACUUAAAGACAGACAUCAUAAGAAACCUUCAGGAUAUAAUACAUUUGCUCGAAGGAAGUGAAUUUAUCUCUCCUCGAUCGUGGUUAACUCUGGCAAGAAGCCUGAUUUUGCUGGAUGACUUGACAAAAGCUGAGAAACUCAAGAAAUCACCCUCUUCAAAAACGGAAAAAUUAAAUCUGUUGAACCAGGCUCACAACAUUCUUAUUGAGCAGAUGUUAACUUUUGGAGAAUCAAUCGAAUUUCCUUUAUCAAACACUGAUUAUGCAAAUGUAGUAUUGCCUUUGAAAAACAUCUAUCUUCCUCAUGGCAUGUUGUUGGCCAAAAUAAAAAUGAGGAUUGGACAUACAAUGGCCAAGCAAGUGUAUUAUAACAGCAAAAAGAAGGACCACUUGAAGUGGCUGCCGGCUCUUCAUCUUCUCGAAGUGGCUUUGAAGCUCUGUAGGACCACCGCAGUGGAGGAACACGAGGUAGAAGCUGAAAUUCUUUUUCAGAAAGGCAAAAUAGAACGCCAAAUACUGAUGGACGAGAAAUCGCCAACUACGCAACUUGAAAGUUUGUUCGAAGCUAUACAACUUAGCUUGAGAAAUGAUCAAAAUUCAGGGUUGAUAAGAGAUUCAUACCUUGAAAUGGCACUAUUAUAUUUUCAUCUGAAGAAGCCCAGGAGAAAGAUGUCAUCACCUUUAACUCUUAAGCCUCUUAGAAGACAUAGUUCUGUUAGAGAAUCAACAGUGAAUCUAUCUGAAAUGUACAACGCGUUGGCUUGGGUCGUGAUAAGGGCUGCUGCGCAGGUCAGUGAAGCUGUGCUGGCAAUAAACCUACUUAUUGGAAAGAAGAAUGCGAGAACUGACAAAGUGAACCAAGUGACAUUACCAAAUAUCCCAGAAUUUGCCACUGUGGAUCUUCUGUCUUCAUACACAGAUUAUCUGCUCGAUAACUACCAGGUUGUCUUCCAGACUUGCUAUUUCUUUUUGUAUCAAAAUGAUGACUCGUGUGAUAACACAGACCCUAGAGUCAAGGCAACCAAAGUGGAUAUUACCUGGAUCCUUCUGCUUCGCUACUACAUUCACCUUCAAAGGAUUAACAAUAUGAGCAAGCUGCUAGCAUCUGCAACACCAGUAUCUGGAAUUUCUUUGCCAGAUGACACACUCCUCACAUCUCUUUAUAACUCGGGAUUGAUUUUACGCCAAAAAGAAAUGCAUCUUUUCCUUAAAAAAUAUUUGCAAUUGUAUUCUUCUUCUUGUAUUGAUGAAUUUCCGAAAGAGCUUCUUCAAGGAUUCGAAAAUUCACCUUCUUUAGAAAAAGUCUUAUAUGAGUCAACAACCAAGUUAUAUCGGGACAGCUCUCUGCAGUCUGUUUUAUCAUCUUGGCUCCUCUCUAACCCAUCUUCUGUGGACGUGACAGCACCAGAUACGGUAACGCAAAUCAUAAACCGAGAGCUCUGCUUUCAGUGGUACAUUCCUCCCCUGGACAGACCUCCAAAGGAGACCGAGCCCAUGGUUUUGUUACUGUAUGCAUAUAACAUGAAGCCCAUGAAGACUUCAGACAUCAGACAUUCCAUUAGCAGCAAUGUGUGUACUGGCUCUUUAUGGAUUCCACUGACUAGAAUAAUUUCAAUUCAUGAGAAACUGUCUAAUCUUGCACAAAUAGCUGAGAUAUCAUUGCCAGCAACUGCUAAAGCUACUUCAAAUGAAGACAUAGAUCAAGUGGAGGAAGGGGAAGAGAAGUCCAUUGAUAAAGAAAUGGAAAACAUGAUCCUUGGAUGUUGCUCUGAAAUAAUAGCUCUAUUUUCAACUGAUAGAGAGCCAACACCGCUCUCUGAGAUCCCGUUUGAAGUCUCACUGUUGUCUAUAUUCAAUCUUGAGAGACUUUUUGAUCUCGCUAACGGUUGCAUUGUGUCACAUGGAAGUCUUUUCAGCUGGAUAGUGUCAAUCAUUCCCUGAACAUACUUUGCCAGGGAGAAAUAAAACUGAGAAAUGAGUAAAGUGUGUGACAUCAGACCAAGGAGAUUUUCAACAAUAUUUGUCAGUCUUUGGAAAUUGGAUCAGAAGAACUAGUAAUGACUCAGUAUCUCACUCUCACAAAAGGAUCCACUUCAGACUUGAGAUCUUGUUCCAUCUGAUUACUUAUUAUGUAGCCAAAUACUCUAGAUAGUGCCUUGAGGUUUUGCUAUUGUUUAGCUGGUCUUUCCAGCUUCAAAGAUUUUUGAUCUCUCUUCUUCCCAGGUACUUAAUGCAUUUCUAUUUCUCUUUUUAUCCAAUUGGUCUGCUUCCUUACUAAGUUGCUUGAGCUUGCUUAUUCUUGGGUUUUGAAAUGAAUACAUUUUCA